AUGUCAACCCAACGCCCAAAUCUAUGGAGAUUGAUCUCCGAAUCAUCGCACAUAAUCGGCGCUCAGCCCCGCCAUUUCUCCGCCCUCUCAGUUCUCUUCCUCCUCCCAAUCUCAAUUUCCACCCUAAUUUACCAGUUCCUUCUGCGGCCUGAUUCAAUUCGCUCCGGCUAUGGCAGAUCGCAGCUCCAUAUCCAAAUCACUUACCUCAUUUUCGCCACCGUUUUCGGGCUCUGCGGCAGCGCUUCUAUCACCUACAGCACCGUGCGCGGUUUCUACGGCAAGCGCGUGACGCUCACCUCCUCCCUGAAAUCCAUUAUGGUUUCGUUUUACCUUCUUCUCUCGACGAAGCUGGUCGCGCAGAUAAUUGUGGCACUGGUUAUCUUCGGUUUCGGUGUUUCCAUGGUGCUGGCGUACAACGGGCUUCUUCUACUAGGGCUCGAAAUGGACUACGACAGUCUGUAUUUUCUAAUUUUCGUGAUCCUGAUCGCCGCCCUAGUUGUGGCGGCGAUGAUUUACGUAGAAGUCGGGUGGUGUCUGACGACGGCGGUGGUGGUUGUGGAAUCGCGGUGGGGAUUCGCGCCGCUGAAGAGGAGUUGGCAUCUGGUGAAGGGGAUGAGAUGGGUGGCGUUUUCGAAAGUGGUGGUGUUUUUAAUUUUGGGUGGGCUUCUGUCGAUGUGGUAUACGAUUGUGGUGGCUAAAUCAGGCGGCGGCGGCGGAAAUGGAUGGAAAAGUUGGGGGUUUUGUUUGCAGGCGAUUGUUUGUGCUAAUAUUUUGACGGUGUUUUUGCUUUACAGUGUGACUGCAACCGCCGUGCUGUUCAUCCACUGCAGAGCUCUGCACGGCGAAGAUAUGGCGGCGUUUCAUAAGAGUGAUGAGGAGGAGGAGUUUGGUGGGGAAUAUGAAUAUCUCCCGUUGCCUUUUAGUAAUGUGUAA